GAGCCGGGAUGUCGACUGACCGCCUCAUAAAAACAAACUCAAAAGAAGUCGAUGAAGGAACAGAAAGAAACAGGAAGAAGAAGAAGAAGCAGAAGAAGAAGACGACUACGACGACGAGAUCGGUAGCAUAAUGGCUGCGUCCAGGAGACUAACAAAGGAGCUCGGUGACAUCAGGAAAUCUGGACUGAAGCAUUUCCGCAACAUUCAGGUCGACGAAUCAAAUAUCUUAACCUGGCAAGGGCUAAUUGUUCCUGAUUGUCCUCCAUAUGACAAAGGAGCAUUUCGCAUUGAGAUCAUCUUCCCUGCCGAGUACCCCUUCAAGCCACCCAAGGUAACUUUCAAGACAAAGAUCUACCAUCCCAAUAUUGACGAGAAGGGUCAGGUCUGCCUGCCUAUUGUCAGUGUGGAGAACUGGAAACCAGCAACAAAAACCAUCCAAGUGAUCAAUAAUCUCAUUGCUCUGGUGAGCGUCCCCCAGCCCGAGCACCCGCUGAGGGCAGACCUGGCCGAGGAAUACACUAAAGACCAGGGUAAAUUCAUGAAGAAUGCCGAGGAGUUCACAAAGAAACACAGUGAAAAGCGACCUAUGGACUAAUGUCACCACACUGACACUCACGGCUGUUGGCCUCCUUUCUGUUUCCUGUUGAAAAAGCUCACCCUGAUUCUCUGUUCUUAUCUCGAAAACCACACAGAGUUGCCCAGAUUUGUGUUCCUGCAUUGUUUUAGCACUCUGCACCACUAAUAGAGGAUUGUGUUUUCUGUUUCACUUUGCCAAAAAAUUAAGAAAAAGCAGUAAUUUUGCUGAAUAGGCAGGUUCUGGCCUCUAGGUGUCACCUUUUGAUUUGUUGAUGGCUUCUUUCUACUGAUUUCUUUAUAGAAAAACAAGAAAAUUGUCAGAGGUGGCAUCCUGCAAAGUUAAACAUCAGGAAUAAUUAAAAUGCUGUUCUUACUUAAAUGUUGAAUGUGUUCUCAGAUUGAUCAUUAGUUCAUGCAGACAUGUUUACAGAUUUUAUAGCUUUGUUUUCAGAAGUUAAAACCAUGCAGCAUCCAAUGGUGUUAGUCUAUAUCUUUUUUCCUUAUUUGCUUUUUGGUUCCGUCUGUACUCUGUAAAAUCACCUAUUGCAGUACAUGGAAAAGUUUGAUGAUUCAGAACUUGUAAAAAAAAGUUUAUGAAAUGAAUUAACAACCAUUUGUCUUUGUAUUUUGAGACGUUUUGGGACAGAAAUCCCUUCGAACUAUUAUCACUCCUCUGUUGGCCUCCCAGGAAAGUACACACAGUCAGGGAGCAUUACAUUACUUUUUAUGCAGGUGGGGAAUUGGAUGUUUUUGUUUUGUUGAUAUAACUACUGGAUGUCUGGAUACCAGACAUAGUUCUUUGGGCACGUCACAGUUUCUUUGGUCUAUUAUUGCAUCUUUCAUGACAGAAAUAAGACAAACCCUUUGUUUUAGAGCUAUUGUUAACACACAGGGUUGAUCUUCUGCACUGUUCAAUGUCACCUAAUCACACUCACUGACAAUAUUGUCAUACUAGGAGCAUUCUAUAGAAAGCGCUGAUUGGUUGUUUGAAUUGCAAUUGGUUUUCCGUCUGCUGUUAAUGUUUCUGUAAUCAGCAGUUGAACAGCGCUAAUUUAAAAGCUUUCCUCGUCAAACACCGGUGGCUGUCGAAUCCUAGCACAGACCCGGCCCGCUCUAUGCUGUCAACACAUCCAGCUGCAGGUGGUAGACAGAAGGUCUUCAUUGAAUAAAGAUCUGUGAUGGAUGCUUAAUCAAA